UUGAUCAAAAAGCCAGCAUCGGGACAACCACACAACGGCAAUAUGUUAUUGCCUUGCAGCAGCAGCAAUCACAACAAUAUGCAACAGUUGUUGUCGCAACAGAACAUAAAUUUGCAUUUUUUCAUGAACUUAAAUGACAAAAAUCUAGAUUAAAGCCAAUCAAAAGGGACUCUACAAAAGUUAUAGGACUCAAAAUCUAAACAAUGGCAGCCACAGCAACUGUCAGCAGUCACGUGGAGGCGAAAGAUGGAAAAGUGGAUUUGGUGUGUGAGGAGUGCGAUUAUUAUGGCUCGACAGCCACGAUACUUAUCGACAGCAGCACCCAAACGGAUGGCGAUGCUGAUGAAGAUGAAGAUGAUGAAUCGGAGGUCAAACCCGUUAGGACCAAAUUAGCUCAAAUUGUGGAGGAAGCUGAAGCUGAGGCGGAGACGGAAGUGGAGGCAACAGCCACACCAGCAAUCAAUGGUAUACGAAAUAAUGGAGCUAUUGAAACCCACACAAAUAUCGAUAUUAGGCACAUCGAUAACAAUAUCGACAGUGUUACAUGCAAUAAUAAUAUAGAAUGCAUACGAAAUGAUAACAACAUUGAUAAUAUACCAAACGGUGAAAACAUCAAUUGUUUAGAUAACGAUAUUAUAGAAGAGAAUGUCGUUAGUGAUGGACAAGUUUUGGAGGAGCCAAAUAUUGAUGCUGUCGAGGGACACAUUCCAAACUCCACUGAACAACAGGAAGAUGAUAUAGAAUCUGAGGACGAAGUGGAACCAGAGCAGGUUGAGGAAGCGGUGCUGAAAGAGGAGCAAGAAGUGGAACCAGAGCAAGAACAGCCUGAGGAAGAUCAGAUCGAUAAUGUGGCCCGUCUGACAGGACUUGCUCUAGAGAUGGGCUAUGCACGCAUCAUUGACUACGAUAAUUUUCGCAUUAUCGAACAUGUCAUCGAGAGCGAUGAUGAUGAUGAUGAUGAUGGGGACGUUGGUGUUGUCCAAGGACCGGUCGCGGGCACAUCACAAGAACUGCACCAGGCCUGCCACGAUUUGGUAACUUUCAUCGGUGAAAGUUAUCAGGUAAUCGAUCGGUCAGGCAAUCACACCCAUUACCAAUCUCCAGCAAACAUUCCAAUAGUCGAUAACAACAACAAUAAUCGCAGCAACGAUAAUCGUGUGUCAGCCCCGGGUCAUAAACAACCGCAUGGAAUGGAUUUACCGGAGCAACUAAAUCAAAAUCCCUCCACAAGCAGCACAGCCGCUGUGGCAGCAGCAGCGGGAGCAGCAUCCACAAGCAGUGCAUUGAUUAAGGCAUAUAAAUCGAAUCUGACACCAUUGGCGCCACCCUUUCAGCCAGCCGCCCUGAAGGCCAAACAGCAGUUGCGACAAUCGGCAGUGGGAGCAACCACCACCAGCAACAUGUCACUUACAACGACAACGACAUCGCAGAGCGGCACUGGCAACGGCAACGGCAACGGCAACGGCACCAGCACCAGCACGCUCUAUGCUGCUUAUGAGCAGACAACGGUCUACUAUCAGCAGCAAAUGCUGCAGCCACCACAGCAGCAGCUUCAGCUCCCACUCAUGCAACAGCAACAGUUGUCCCCCAAGCAGCAGCAGCAGCAGCAGCAACAACAACAGCAACAUUGUGCUCAACAUGGCGGCAUGCCACACAUUCAUUUGCCAGCGGGUACGGGAAAUGGCGCCCAAUUGCUGCCCGUGCAAUUGAUUACCUUGACACCAACAGCAGGAGGUGCUGCAGCCGUGGCAGCUGCAACAGCAGCAGCAGCAGCAGCAACAGUAGGUGCAGCCGUCCCCACAGCAGCAACAGUGGCUGGGGCAGCAGGAGCUGUGGCAGUGGCAGCUCCGACAGCGGCAACAUCUUUGACUGGCGCCGCUUGGCCACUUGUGGAGGCGCCAAUUUACAUAGACAUCAAUGGGGAAUAUCGUAGCUUUUGCCCGGCACAUGGACCACCAGCAGGGACAGGGCCAAAUGGCGCCAUAUCCCAUCACCAUCAUCAUGCCCAUGCCCAUCCACACGCACAUCAUCCCCAUCCACAUGCUCAUGCCCAUCAUCCCCAUCCCCAUCUGGGGCAGCAGCAGCAGCAGCAACAGCAACAGCAACAUCUUCAUCAUCAGCAACAACAGCAACAGCAGCAGCAGCAGCAGCAGCAGCUUCAUCAUCAUCAUCAGCAACAUGGGCAACAUCAGCAACAUUCGGCGGCAGUGGCUGCUGUGACAAAUGCAGCAGCAGCAGCCGCCGCAGCAGCCUCGGCUCCUCGUUUGUUGCUGCAACUGGACGUUGCAACAGUCCAGCAGCAGCAGCAGCAGCAGCAGCAACAACAACAACAACAACAACAACAACAACAGCAACAACAAAUCGUUGCCGCUGGCAAACGCAGCAAAGUUUAUCGAGGUAAGCAACAAUCAAAGAUGAUUACAUAUACGAACCGUUUCGGCGUAAAGUGUCCCGCAACCGUUCAAAUGGUUUCCCAGAGUCGACCGCCGCCACCGAUGACGGUGCCCGUCCAGGUGCCGCAGUACGUCAAUGAGAAUGGAACUGUGACCCACGUGAUGCUGUCCCCGCAGCAAUACCAACAGCUCCAUCCCGGACAGGGACACCUGCAUCCACCGCCAUUCAUAAGCGCCAAUGGUACAUCGCAUUUCUAUACGCCGGCCAUGGCCGGCUAUCCACCAGGUCCUGCUGGCAAUGGACCACCACACUAUCAAAUGCCGCCGCCACAGGGUGCGCCACAGCAGCAGCCACCGCCCAGUGUAGGAGGCGGAGGUGGACCGCCGCAGCCUGUGAAUGCGGCACAGCAGCAGCAGCAGCAGCAGCCACCGCCAGCAGUCCACACACAUUCCCCGCACUCGCCGUCGCCGCCCAACUAUCGGGAUGAGCGCAGCCAGCGGCAACAUACGAAGCUGCUACGGAAGUUGGAGAAGCAAAGGGAGUCCAAUCCCGCCUUGUCCACGCCCACACAUUCGCCUUCGCUGCGCGGUGUCAACGAUCUGAAUGGCCAUCACACCAACAACAACAAUAACAACAACAUUCCCGUGGGUGUACUGCCCCUGCCACCGCACCUCAACAAUCACAACCAUCACAUGAACAGCAACAACAACAACAACAGCAGCAGCCACUUGCACAACAACAACAAUCAUGUGCGUCGCCUCGCCCAGCAGCAACUGCAACAGCAGCAACAACAGCAACAGCUGCAGCAGCAGCAGCAGCCGCAGAGGAACGGCAAUCCCAAUGCCAUUCCUCAAGGACCAGCCACGCCACUGCCCCAGCGAGCGGGCAGCAGUGUGGGUGGCGCCAGUUCGGUGGGCACAUCCGAGGAUGGCGAAGACAACUCCAGUUUGGCCGGAGAGGAUGAGGAGGACUACCAGUCGACGAUUGUGGAGCAAAUCUCGGCCAUUGAGAAGCCCGAGGUGAUUGAUGUGACCUCGCGAGCAGCGAAAAUCAUCUGGGAAUCGCCCGUCAUCACGGACGCCUUGCUCAUCAAUAUGCGCGACCUGCGCUACCAGGUUCUGCUCAGCGACUCGGGCAAACAGUGCAAAUACAAGAGUCUCUAUCGAGGCGAGGCAUACGAAUGCAUUGUGCAGGAUCUGCAGCCGGGGCAGGACUAUCUGGUGCGACUGCAGGUGCACUACCAGAAGCUGCAGGGCACUGUCAGCGAGCCAACAGAGUUCCGCACCCCAGCUUGUGAGCCGGACCAGCCUCUGCCCCCUAAGCUGGUGUCCCGCACCAAGAGCUCCAUCAAUCUGCGCUGGGCUGCACCGCCUGCGAAUGGAGCGACCAUUCAGCACUAUCUGCUGGAGUACGACGAGGGCAAGGGCCAGCCCCUAAAGUUCGUGGAGCUGGCCAAGAUCAAGGCCAAGCACUAUGUGAUCAGCAAGCUGCAGCCCACGACAGUCUACAGCUUCCGUCUGGCCGCCGUCAACGAGGUGGGCCAGUCCCUGUACUCGUCCAUCAGCAGCUACAGCACCGCUGGCAAUCCCCCAGCGGCGCCCAAGCCGCCGCAGCUGCACUCGAGCAGCCCCAGUUCGCUGAAGCUGUUCUGGGAGCGGCGCACCCAGGAUGGGGACUUUCUGCUGCAGCUGCAGGAUGCUGAGUCCGGACACGGCUACCUGAACACCUACAAGGGUACCGAUCUCCACUACGAGUGCCUACAGCUGCGCCGGGCGUGCAGCUACCAGUUCCGUCUCCGGUCCGAGAACGAGGCCGGAGUCUCGCCCUGGUCGCCAGAGGUUAGCUACCGAACGGCUGCCGAGCGUCCGGGCAGGCCGGGCAAGCCUAGUGCCAAGGGCAAGAUCCAUGGCACCCACUUUAAGGCGCGCUGGGACACGCCCGCCGACACUGGUGGAGCGAGCAUCCUUCGCUACCAUCUGGAACUGAGCUCGGGGCCUGUGUUCGAGCGCAUCUACAGCGGCUCCGAGUCCGAGGCCAUGUGCGAGCGCCUGCAGCCCGGGACCACAUAUCAGCUGCGUGCCUGCUGCGAGGGUCCCGCCGGCCAGAGUCCCUACUCCGACAUCGGACAUGUCACCACAGAGGCUGUGGCCCCGGCGGCCCCACCUCCACCGUACUCCAGUGACCCGCCCUCGCCGUAUGCAGCACUCCUGAAGCUCCAUCAGCCUGAAUACAAUGGCGGGGCCCCCAUCCUGGAGUUUGAGGUGCAAAUGCGACGCUUGGAGCAAGUGCAGCCACCCCACAUCGUGUACAGAGGCAAGCAGGCGUACUUUGUGGCCCAGGAUCUGGUGCCUGGCGGCAUGUACGAGGUGCAGGUGCGCGCCAUCAAUCGCAUCGGAGCUGGCAACUGGUCCCAGUGGAUGAAAUUCACAGCAGCAGCUGCCGCACCAGGUGUGCCCGAGGAACUGCGCGUGCUGGUCAAGUCGGCCACCCAUCUGAGCGUGAGCUGGCAGGCGCCGCUCCAGGACAACGGCGCUCCAGUCACCAACUACAUCCUGAAGAGUGCCAGCCAAGAGAAGCGCAGCGAGGAGCAAGAGCAGGAGCCUCUGAGAGAGCCACCCAGCACGGAGUUCCACAACUGCUACCAGGGAGCGCUGACGUGUGCCGAACUGAGGAACCUCGCACCCUUCACACGCUACUUCUUCCGCAUCCUGGCCAGCAAUGCCGCCGGCUCUGGCACCGCCUCGGAUGUGGUGUGUGUGAGCACCCCGGCCGCCGUGCCCGGCGCACCCCAAAUGCAGGGCUACGAAUUCACAGCCCAAGAGGUGACUCUCAACUGGACCCAGCCGGCGGCGCACGGCUCGCCCAUCUGCUCGUACAACAUUGAGUAUGGAGAGCGGACGAUUGCCACACCGGAUGCGUGCACUCGUUACACAGUGACGGGGCUGAUGCCCGAGACCAGCUACAAGUUCCGCGUCCAGGCCGUAAAUGCCAUCGGAGCCGGAGCAUUCAGUGCCUAUGCGAAGUUGACCACGCAGCCGGCGCCACCAGCUCCACCGCGCCUCGAGUGCAGCGGUGCGGGCCACAACUACAUCAAGCUGAAGUGGGGCGAGGGUGGACCGGGCGGCAAGACCAAUGGAGCAGCGGCCGCAGGUGGCGCUGACUUCACCAAGUACUUUGUGGAGAUGUACGUGAGCCGAGCGAAGCAGUUCCAGGCCGUCUACUCCGGCACCAAUUGCAUGUGCAAGGUGCACAAGCUGCAGGAGCGCAGCAGCUAUACCUUCCGCAUCUACGCCCACACGGACAGGGCUGGCGAUGGUGACUACUCCGAGGAUUAUGUGUUCGAGACGAGUGCCACGCUGCCGGCCAACAUCAAGCCGCCUCGUGUCGUGCACGAGAACAGUGUGUGCCUGAUGGAUCUGCCCGGACAGUUGGGCAUGCAGCUGACCCUCGAGUGGCAGCACUCGAAGAACUCCUUCCACGACCGUGUCGAGUACGAGCUGCAGUACGCGGUUCUGAGUGCCGCUGAACUGGAAACGGAGACGCCCAAGGGUCGCAGCAGCAGUUCCAGCGGCAGUGCGAGCGGAGCUCCACUCAAUCUGGCCAACCAGGACUAUCGUCAGCUGUACCGUGGCCCUGAGACAAAGUUCACCAUUGACAAUCUGGCUGCGGGCACCUGUUACCAGUUCCGCGUCUGUCCCGUGAGGAUAGCGUCCGGCGGAGAGCUGCUCUACGGCCAGCCAUCGAGUCCGUUGCGGUAUCAGGUGUCCAACGAGCUGGAUCCCAGUUCGGCCACCUGCCACCACCACCUGCACGGCUCCACGUCCCCCAAUACGGCCACACACUCCUCGCAGCGAAGCAGCCGGAAGCUGUCGGCGGGUAAUGGCUCCACCAAUGGCCUGCACCUGAGGUCCGUGAGUGCCUCGGCCAUCAGUGGCAGCAGCGGCGUGGGAGCCGAUCCCCUGGCCAUUGGCAGGCUGCAACAGGAGCUGUCGAACUUCAAUGCCUGCGGCGAUCCACUGCAUCACCAUCAUCAUCACCACCACCAUCAUCAUCAGCCGUGUGGCGGCGAUGGCAACGCAUCGUCUGGCUCCUCCACGGCAGGCUCGAGCUGUGCCGGCUCCAAUCUCCUUCUGCGCGGCAAUCACAUGCAUCACCAGCACCACUUGCAUCACUCCCAUCACAUGCACCAUGCCCAUCAUCCGCACGGCGGCGGUGUCGUCGGCGCCAUCACCGGUAGCUCCUCAACGGCCAUCUCCGCACGACUGGCCAGCCAGGGCGGUUCCCUGCGUCGCUUUGCGGCCAAGAUGACGUCUCUGUACAGCAAUCGGAAGCGGCUGAGUGACCAGCAGAAGGCCGUCUGCAUUGUGGUUUCAUUUCUGUUCGUCACCAUCCUGGCGGCGAUGCUGGUCAACAUGUUGCGCGGCUAAAGUGACUCUCCAACUGUAAGCAUGCAAAUCACAGCAAAAUCGAUAACAAAAAAGUAACAAAAAAUGUGAAGAAACAAAACGAAGGAAUAAAACAAAUGCACUUUAUGUAUGUCUCAAAGAAGUGAUUCAAACAAUUAGUUGUAAUUAUGUAUUUUUUAUAUAAACAAAAACGAAAUCAAAAUCAAAUUGUAAAUUGUCUAAUUUUAAACAAACGAAACUGAAAACCAACCAACCAGCAAAAUAAGAACAGGAAACACCUAGAAGAAAAAAACACAAUAAACGAUGGCGGAACAAAAGGAUUAAAACUAAUACAUUCACACACGCGUCUAAAUGUUUGUAAAAUGUUACAAUAAUGGUAUUUACUUACGAGUACAUAUAUGUAAUAUUUGUUGUUGCUAAAAAUCAUUGUCACAAAACGAAACAAAACAAAAGAAUAAUCUCCAUAUGUGCUAUAUAAAAAGAGUUUUUUAUACCCCCUGCUCCACUCUCUCUCAAAAAGAAACAACUGUAAGGCUCACGAGUACUUGUCAAACCUGCUCCAAAAUGCUUCUCAAACUGUUAAUUUAAUGCGCGUAUGCGAUGGCAUGGCAGGCAGCUUUGGCAAGACACACAAACAUUUGCAUUUGCUCUGCAUGUAAGACUAGCAUUUGGAGGCGUGACCCAGCCCCCUAAAUACUUAUACAUUCUUGAAACAGAUCCGAAUUUUGAUUAUUAAUUUUAAAUGAUUUGUGUGAAAACACUCUAGGAAUGUAAAUAAUAGUUCAAGCUACAUAAACAAAAAAAAAAACAAAAAACUAUGAAAAGGCAUAGUGGGCCGUAAAAAUAAUGGAGAGCAAAUGCAAAACGAUUUAAAAACGAAAUAAAUGAAUUUAUUAGACUACCAGCAAACAAGUAUUCCCGUGCUGUACAAUUGUUUCCCCAAUCGCUCCAAUUUACACACAUACACACUUGCAUAGAUAUAUAAAUGUAUGAAUAUGUAAACAGCAGACGCUUUUUUCCAUUCUCACAAAACAUUUUUAUACGAAUUAUAUUACACAAUUUAUUAUGAUAAACCAUUAAAUACAUAUUCAAAGGACAACCACACAAGAUGAGGAAAACGCAAAAAGGGAGAACCAAGGCAAGUCCCCAGUUGGGGCUGCCAUAUUGUUGGCUCAUUGUUGCAUUUUUUCACAACCGACUAAAACAAAUUGAAUCCAAAAUAUUUUUGUAUGCUUGUCCACUGCUAUAGCAGUCCCAACUGGGAAAAAUGAAGAAA